UUCAUCAUCACGCUUCCGACUUCAUUUUCCAUUUCACGUUGCCAUGGUCAAGUUCGUCGCCCUCGCUGCCGUUGCCGCCUCCGCGGUUGCUCAAAUUGAAAUCGUCAACGGCACCGAAGUGCCCAUCGGCAAGUACACGUACGUCACCGGCCUUCGCUACACCGCAGCAGGAGCGGCGAGCUGCGGUGCGUCGUUGGUUGCCCCCAAGAUACUGGUCACGGCGGCCCACUGCUCGCCUGUCAUGACUGUGUAUGCGUCUGUCGGGUCGCACUACUUGAAUGGCACUAAGGACGGUGAACGCAUCAAGAUUGUCAAGCGCACCGUGCACCCCAAGUACAACAAGGCCACUCGCUACGACUACGACUUUGCCGUGCUCGAACUGGAAACCGCGUCGUCGUUCCCCCCCGUCAAGAUCAACUGGGACCAAGACGCGUCUGUCGCCCCCGGGAUUGUCUCGUGGAUUCGAGGCUUCGGCAACGCCCAGUUAGGCGGGUUGCAAUCCCCCGUCUUGCUCGAAGCGGAUGUACCUAUCUGGUCCAACGCCAAUUGCCAAAAGGCCGUCGCCCCAUACAACUACACUAUCACGCCGUCCAUGCUCUGUGCCGGCGGUGCCGACAAGGACACCUGCCAAGGCGACUCGGGCGGACCGUUGACUGUCACCCGCAACGGCAUCGAGUACUUGGCCGGUGUGACCAGCUGGGGUAUUGGCUGCGCUCGCCCUGGCCUCCCUGGUGUGUACGCCCGGAUCUCAGAAGCGCGUGACUUCAUUGAACCGUUCCUGCCCAAACCUGCUUGCUAAAUUCGUGAUUGUAGAUCUGUAGUAAGCUCCCUGUGUUGAUUGAGAGAGAGAGAUAUAAUCUGCACAUAUAUGACGUGAUUCUAUAGAGUA